GGGGCCGCCGCUUCCCGUGAGCCUUUGCGCGCAGUGGCGGAGCCGCCAUGUCGGUGGCGUUCGUGCCUGAGCGGCUGCGCGGGAAGGCUGAGGUGAACCAGGAGACGCUGCAGCGGUUGCUGGAGGAGAACGACCAACUGAUCCGGUGCAUCGUGGAGUACCAGAGCAAGGGCCGGGCCACCGACUGCGUGCAGUACCAGCAUAUCCUGCAUAGAAACCUGAUUUAUUUAGCCACAAUUGCUGAUGCGACGCCACCCAGCACACAGAAGACUGUAGACUGACUGCACAUGUCUGGACAGAAGCAGUGAUGAAUUUAGAAAGACUUAGUUUAGAGUGCCAUUUUGAGAGCUGGAAAGGUGUGGUCUUGAAAGGCAGGUAAAAAGUCAUCCAUAUUUUUAUAUUAAAAAUGUGAAUGUAGUUUUUAAUGCAAUAUUAAGCUAGCUUUUUUCCCAUGACUGUAAGUAGAACUUAAGAGUGGUAAUUAUCAUCAUGUUCCUUUUUUCCCUUUGUGAAAAACUCCACAUAGUAUACUUCUAAAAAUAGCCUGGCUGUCAGAACAGCACUACCAGAGGUGCCUUUGGAGAACUCUUGUGGUCUUAUUGAAGCAGAGGUUUGUUUCAUGACCAAGGCUGUAUAAUAAUAGAGUAAGCAUUUAGCUAGGUCAUUUCCCUACCUUUACCAUGACCAAGUCAGUCAUAGGUUGCCAUAUGUAUAAGCAGUAGACUGUUCUGUACUGUAGGAAUUGUGCUUAAUAAACU